AUGUCCUUGCAGCUGAACCGCAGGGGCACCUGGAACAUGAUGGGGCCUUGUUUGUUUGCCUUUGCAGUCAUGGCCACCAUGUGGGUAAGGAGCUGGUGCAGCCUCAUGCUCCUGGCCCACACCCCUUCCCUGGUGACUGGGGUGGGGGCAUGGUCUCUCCACUCUGUGGGAGGACAGAGCUCAGCCCCUCACUCUGGCCACGCCUCUCACCCUGGGCCUGAGUCCUGCACACCUGCUGAUGCCACAGGUGGCCCCCUUGGGGCCCAGCGUGCCUCAUGCCUGAGGACCCCUCAGGUCUUUGUGCCAGUGAGUCCUCUCCAAGCAGCCCACACCUGUGGUCCCCUGCUCGGGCCUGGGCAGGCUAGGAGUUGUAGCCACUCCUGCCCAACCCUCCCACCAUGCUCAUGUGGUGAUUUUCUCCAGGUAUACUGCUGUGGGCACAGGCGCCACUGCUACCCUACCUCCUGGCAGCGCUGGGCCUUCUGCCUCCUGCCUGGCUUCAGCAUGGCUGUUGUGGCCGUUGCCAUCUAUACCUCUAUGACCACCAGUGACAACUACUACUACACCCACAGCAUCUGGCACAUGCUCCUGGCAGGGGGUGCCACCUUCCUGCUGCCGCAGAGGGAUGCGCACACCAAGCCCUGGGCCUGUUCGCAGAAGCUCCCCUGUCACUAUCAGAUCUGCAGGAACCACCAGGAGGAGCUGUACCGUGGUGACGUGACAGGGUAG